UUAUCCGCGUUCUGAAUUAAACAGUCGUACAGACGUCCGAGCCAUAGGUUGAGCGUGCUUGGCUAUUUUAUUAAUUCAAAUCGAUCAAUGACGAUUAGCAAAACUAUAUACAUAUAUACCCAUAUACAUAUAUAUAUACUGUGUGUGCGUUGUUCCCAUUAAUUUAUGAAUAGGCGCAAAAUGUUUUCGAGCUCGAGUCGUACUAUGUGGGCAAUAGUCUUUAUUUACAUAUCAGUAAUAUCAGAGCUCAGAGUGCCAUGUGAGGCCAGGACAACCGUCACAGAUGCACAGGGCAAACCCGAAGCCAGUGAAAAUACAGUCAAAGAUUCGUCAGCGGAAUAUCUUCGGAUCUAUUCCGACCGCAUGAAAUCGUACAUGAAUGACAGCGUGGCGCCGUGCGACGACUUCUAUGAGUACGCCUGUGGCAAUUGGCAGCACGUGAAGCAGGACAGGCAGUCAUCCCAUAAGCGGAGCAACCUCCUCGAUGUCGGUUACACGUUGGGCGAUGUGGUCGAGGUGCUGCUGACCAGGAACUCACUGGCUGUGGAUCUAAAUUACACCGCCGAGCUGCUGAUUGCACAACGAUUCUAUAAUGCCUGCCUCGGUGCGGAUCUGUACCCGAUGCCAGCGGCCGACCCCGCUUAUCUGGCGCUUAUCAGGUCGAUAGGUGGUUUCCCAGCCGUCGACGGUGAGGCAUGGAAUGCCGCCAAUUUCAGCUGGUUCAACAUGAGCGCCCACUUGACGAACUAUGGCGCCAAUGGCCUAAUCCAUGAGAAGAUCCUGCCCCAGUUUCCAUUUGUGCCCUACUUCAAGGUGCCGGAACUGGGCUUUGACUACAUCGUGCACACCGACAAUAUCGCCAGCAACGACACCAGAGGUUACAAGUUGAAUGAGAAACGUAUGCGCGGUUACCUCGAGGCCUACGGCCUGUCCGAGGAGAAGGUUUCGGAGGUGAUUGCGGGGGUGUUUGCCUUCUGGCAAGAUGCCCUCCUGGUUAUCGAUCGUUUCGCUGAGGAAAAAGAAUGCGAAGAGCAUGCGGAAACGGAAGAGAUUCCCCCAUUUUCUGAAUGGAGCAGCUACUAUGAGAUUGCCUGGAACAGCACCAACUUCCCCGCAGAGAGUCUCGAAAGUUUCUGCGACUUCUACUAUGUGGAACUGGACAAGGUGUGCGCCAAGCAUAAGCCGGCUGUGGCCAACUAUUUGGCCAUGCUCCUGUUGUACCGGCUGGAUGCCAAACUGAAGGCGGCCAAGUAUCAGAAGGAGCACUGCCUACAGACAGUGCAGUACUCACUGCCGUAUAUAUUUGACAGGCUUUACCGUGUGGAAUACUUCUCCGAAGAGAUAAGUGCAGAAAUCUCUGGCAUUAUAAUGGAGCUGCGCAAGAGCUUCCGAUUGAUGCUGGAAAAUUCCGAGUGGCUAGACACGGAAACCCGAAGAGAAGCGCUGCAGAAGGAAUCCAGCAUUGAGCCGAUAAUUGGUAGCUUUAAGGACGAUGAGCUCACCGAGCGCCUCGUUCGAGCUGUCAAUAACCUGACUAUUGUCGAGCAGAGCUUUGCUCAGACGAACAUCAACCUGAGACGCCUUACGACGAAAAUAAGACGGUUUAAUGGGAACCAUUUUAGUGAGCUAUCGAAUGCCACGAAACCCCUCGAGUUGGUGUGGUCAAUGCAGGUCAAUGCCUUUUACUAUAACAUAGACAACUCCAUUUACGUGAUGGCGGGCAUACUGCAUCCGCCUGCCUUUCAUCAGUUGUGGCCCAACUCCCUAAAGUAUGGCACAAUUGGUUACUUGGUGGGGCAUGAGCUAACGCAUGGCUUCGAUACGGUCGGCUCCAUGUUCGAUGGCAGCGGCUCCCAGCGCAACUGGUGGUCCAAAAAGUCCAAUGCGGUGUUCAACGAGCGGGCCGAGUGCUAUGCUGAGCAUUACAGCAAUUACCUGAUACCAGAGAUCAAUCGCAAGAUCAAUGGCAACCAGACCAAGGACGAGAACAUUGCUGAUAGUGGCGGCUUGCAUCAGGCCCUUAGUGCCUAUCGCAGCUACAUGAAGCAGCAACAGCAGGACAACGAGACGUAUCUGGAUAAGAAUGAGCUGAUGCCCGGCCUCGAUCUGUCCCCAGAGCAGUUGUUUUUCCUUGGCUUUGCGCAGCUCUGGUGCAAUGCAUACGAGGAGGAGCACUACUGGGAGGAGCUGUCCAACGAGCACACAAUCGACAAGUUUCGGGUCAUUGGCGCCGUCACCAAUAACGAAGACUUUGCCAAAGUCUACAACUGUCCCGUUGGUAGUCCAAUGAAUCCACACGCAGAAAGGUGUCGUGUGUGGUAGCGAUUGUGUGAUCGCGAGUCGAUUCCGUAGACCGCUGAUAAGCGAAGGGGAAUCUUUCUUUACUUAUUAACGAUCAAUUAGUUCAAUAAACGCCUGUUGGAUCCAGUUUUUCCCAGAA